UUCAGUGGAGAUCUAGAUGCUCUGAAUUGAGUCGAGAUUACAAGAAUGAAUGAACAUGGUGUCCGAGGCUGCCGAUCGGGCAGGAGGUCCAACUCGCCGCACAGCUCAUGCCGCUUCGUAGAUCGAUGAUGGCAACCAACAGAACCCUACCUAAACACGAAGAGGCAGCUAUCAAAUCCGACCCGAUCUCAGAGGCACCCAUCAUACCAGAGUCGGACGCUUCUCAAGGCCGCCUCCCGCCCUGGAUCUCAUCACCCUCGACACAAGGGCAACUCCACCACGGCCAUGGAGGAGGAAGCCCCCAAGAGCCCUACAUCCGUUGGAGCCGGCGACCAGCAAGUACCGCCUGGGGCCGGCGGCGGCGAGGAGCAUGGAGGCCUCGACGACCUAGACCUCAUGAGCCACCUCCCCGACGAGGUACUCGGCACCGUCAUCUCCCUCCUCCCCACCAGGGACGGCGCGCGCACGCAGCUCCUCUCGCGCCGGUGGCGUCCCCUCUGGCUCUCGUCCAAUGCGCCGCUCAACCUUGGCGCUGACUUCGCCCUCCGUGGGGAGGAGUGCACCCUCUGCGGUGCCACCCACGAGUGCAUGCACAAGCGCAUCGCCUUCGUCUCCAAGAUCCUCUCCGACCACCCAGGCCCGACCCGACGCUUUGCGCUCCACCUCGUAUACUGGCCCAACAUCCCGGGCGUUGUCGAUGGCUGGUUCCGCUCCAGGUCCCUCUCCGGCCUCCAGGACCUCGAGGUCGCCAACAAACGGAGCGGCUAUGUGCUGCUGCCGUCGCACGCGCUGAUCCGCUUCGCUCCCACGCUUUGCCUGCUCAGCCUCAGCCAGUGCCAAUUUCCCGACCUGGGGGCACCACCGAGUUUUCCGCACCUUAAAGAGCUUAUCAUGUACGAUGUCGGUAUCUCGGAGGACUCUUUCAAAACCUUCAUCUCCGGGUGCUCUGUUUUGCAAAGUGUUUCACUGCACAACAUGGAAUGUGGUCGCGUUUGCAUCAACUCGCCGACUAUCAGGAGCAUCAGCUUCUACGGCCGUUGGAGAAGUGUCAUCACAUUUCAGGAGCUGGUCAUUGAGGACGCCCCUUCCCUUGAGAGGUUGGUACCACUUGAUCCAGACUGUGGUCCAGCGACCAUCCGCAUAAUCCAGGCACCUAAACUGAAGAUACUUGGUUUGUUAUCUGGAGGCAUAUCCACACUCCGCAUUGGAACCACGGUUUUUCAGGUUAGCUGCAAGCACAAACGGGCGUGUCAUUCGCCGUUUUCUACAUGCAUGGUAUUAUUCUCAUAUCACACUUGUUGUCCUUUUCUCCAGAAAAUGGUUGCCGUCAGCUUGAUAACCAAAAUGCACACUGUUAAGAUUUUACUUCUUGACUCUAUUGGUCCUAAUCUGGACUCAGUUGUUAACUUCCUCAAGUGCUUCCCUUGCUUGGAGAAGUUGUAUGUCAUUGUUUCACAUCCAGAAAGGGAUUCUUUUUUCUAUCCGGAGUUGCAUUCAGAAAAGGAUAUUAACAAUGUGCGGGAGUAUGACCCACUUGAUCCAAUUGAAUGCCUUGAACUCAAUCUAAAAAAGGUGGUGUUGAAGAAUUAUGAUGGUAUCAAGAGGGCAAUAAUUAAUUUUGCCAAGUUCUUUAUUUUGAAUGCCAAAGUGCUGGAGGAAAUGGAAAUCGGAGUCCUCGGCCACGGCAAUGACAAACGGAUGCAGUAUCUACAUGAAGAGCUACAGGUGGAGAAUAGAGCUUCUCAAGAUGCACAAAUUGAACUAAAGAGGGAUGUACGACAAGAUUUCAAACACCAUAGGCACACCCAUGAUUUUUCGGUGGCGGACCCUUUUGAUAGGCCCUGUGGACGGUUGCUAUAGAUGUUCUAGAUAGCCUUUCGGGAGAUUGUGUCACCAACUGCCCUUGUUUGUCUGUCUAAUGUAAUAAUGUUAUCUCACCCCUUGUGACGAACUGCAAACUGAUCUACUUCAUUCAGCAAUGGAAUGCUUUUGU